AUGUCGAACUUGAAGCCCACCAUUUCGCCGCCAACCCAAUUUCGGCGGCACCACAGCUCCCAAACACCGUUCCCCCGAAGCGAACCCGGGGAAACCACUAGCAGAUCGCUUUCCGGAACAUGGUACGUCCGGCUCUCAUCCAGCCCGUUCUGGAUUGACAAGUACGGUGUCUCGAUUACGUUCUCCCUCGAUGAUGACGACGGCAACACCAACACCACCACAUCGGAUUUGGACACCCAGGCCGUGUACACCAGCCACCUGAGUUACCGGACGGCGAUAGACCCUUCUGCCGAUAUCAAGACCGUCUCUGGAACCGAUCGACGCGUCGGCACCGCAGCCGCAGAGAACGCGGGGACGAUCCCCAUGGAAUGGAGAGGGAGCGGGUGGAUGAAGCUCGUCAAGACGCGGUGGGAGAUACUCGGGUUCGGCGGCGGGCCAGGGACCGAAUGGCUGGUUGCGUAUGCCGAGAAGUCGAUGUUCAAUCCGCCGGGGAUCAGCGUGUAUUCGAGAGACAGGGAGGUGCGGGAGGAGGUGGAGGCUGAGAUUCGGGGUGUGCUUGCGAGGAUGGUUGACGAGGCGCAGGAGCAGAGGGAUGAGCUGGAAAGGUUGGUUAGGGAGGUUAGGGUCGUUGGGCUAUAA